UUGGAGAACAGAUUCAGGAAGGGAAGAGCUCGUGUAGCGUUUAAGGGGAGAGGCUUUUAAGCUACCGGAAACCCCUCCGAAAAAAUUAAGGAUUACUGAUUUUGCUGUUGCAUUGCUUCUAGAUACACGAUAUAAAUGUGAGAAACCAUCAGUAAAAAUGUUUGCCGAAGAAACUUUACAUCUAAGAACUUCAUUUUUUGUCCUGUUAUUUGUCGGCUGCUGUUUAUUUUCUGAAGCAUCUGGUACCUCACCUUGUGCAGUUCAUACUGGGAGUUCCUGUGAAGAAUGUUUGACAAAUGUAUCGUGCCUGUGGUGUUCCAGCAACAACACAUGUGUGGAUUAUCCCGUGAGGACUCUAAUUCCCUCCACUAGUAUAUGCCCUCUGUCUAAAGCUCGAUGGGGUGUUUGCUGGGUGAACUUUGAGGCCCUCAUUAUUGCAAUGGCAGUGGUAGGUGGGAUCAUCUUGUUGAGUGUCAUAGUGUGCUGUUACUGUUGCUGUUGUCGAAGUAGCUCUUCAAGAUUUGAUCGAGAUGAAGAAGUAAUGGCUAGAAGACGUGAAGAAAGAAAGCAGCGUGCAGAGGAGAGGAAAGCAGAAAGAAAAAUAAAAAGUGAUGAAAUUCGAAAGAAAUAUGGACUUGUUCGAGACACUGAUCAUCCAUAUAGCAGAUUUGAGAAUGAGUGAUUUAAACUGUGAAGGGAACAUCAUCACCUUUUGAAAGCUGAACCCACAAUCUUCUUAUAACAAAAAAGAAAGCGAUAACUGUGUGACAGUAUGAACCUUGUAGCUGCAAUUUGAUCUUUUUUUCAGGACAUACAUUUUGUAAAGGUGUUAGUAUUAGUUGUGCUGUGUAGAUCCUUUUUCAGUUCUUGUGCUGUUUUCUUCACUCUCACAAGGGCAGAUCUCUCUGUGUCAGCAGAACCAUUUGAAUGCUUUUCAAACCCAAGUUCUCAUUCUAUGUACAUUCCUGUCUGCAUUUUUUCUUUAUUGAUUUCUGAUCUAGUUAAGCAAUUUAUGUAUUUAUAGUACUCCAUUUCAAUGUGUGUCAGAACAUGUAACACAAGUCAUUUUGAGAGAUUUUUUUCAAUUUUCAAAUAAAGUACUCAAACACAGUAUGAAAUGACUGUUCUCAACUAAACACUUCUGCUCGUAUAGCCUGGUAUUUACUUUCAGAUUCUUUUACCAUUAUUUUAUUUUUGGAUUCUUCCCAAAUUACUGAUUCUGUUUUGUUUGCUUUUGCUUACAUACUUUCUAAAACAAUGAAAUAAAAGUAUUCUUUGUAUGUUAUAAAGAUUUUAAAUUAAAUUAUUUUUCCUUA